UGUAAACUUGAUAAAGGAUAUUAAUUGUCUCACAAACCAAUCAACUGAUCCAAGUUUAAUUUAUAGAUUAGCUAACUUAAAAUUGGACAUCCCUUUGGAAGCCUAUUUGACUAUACAUAUACAAAUAAUGUCUUAACAACCAUUUAAUACAUUUAAAUGAAAAGCGAAGUCCAAAUAUUUUUACGUGAUAUUAAACCAGACCCGGAAGUAUGAUAGUGCCUUUGCUGAUUUCAGUGCUGAUAUCAACAAACUAAUUAAUUGUUGCACUUGGUAAACAGGUUAAAGAAGAGAUAAUGGAACAGAAAAGAAAGAGAUAAAAUGGGGGUGUACACUUUCUCCUCUAAACCCACGACACCGGGUGAGAAGACCCCCGAUUUAUUGAUUCGGUUCCAGGCCGUGUCGAGAACACAACCAUGUGUUCAGUAUCGGUUUAUGUCCGUGCAUUCCCGGACGAGGUUACAUCAGGUCCGAAGAUAUAUAACCAAAUACUUCAAAAAUGUCUACGAAGGUGGUUUUAUCUUCUUGUGCAAAACCAAAGAGAUACUGAAGUCAGAUGAAAGUAAACUAACAGUGUUUGAUAUUUUACCGAAAAUCCCCGAGGUCAAUGGUCAAACACUACAAAGGUGUUUCCAGUACCCAGACGUUCAGUAUAAGAAGGUGUGGUACAACUAUGACGGAAAGAGAUUCUCUAUUUCGUGUGCAUGUGUGAUAUUUUUGUUUGAGAGAAGUAAAGUUAGCCACUGGCCACCAGAAGUUCUACGAGAGGAAUUGAGUGCUAGCGCAAUCGAUGGUUUUGCACACAUACCAACUGAUAUGAUGUCAUGGAGCGGUAAACUUGUAGAAUGUCGCGGUACACCUCUUCAUAUAUUUGCUGCAAUCGGACUUAAAGAAGAACUUAGGACAGCUAUUCAUCAAUUACAAGACGGGACAACAGCCAAAUGCUUAACUGACCCGAGGGGGGCAACACCCCUUCACUAUGCAGCAGUAAACGGAAAUUUAGAUAUUUGUGAGAUAAUAGUGGCUGGCAUGGGAAGUGAAAUGAUUUACCAGUUUGACAACUGGAAACGUACGCCACUUCAUCGGGCGCUUUACAGACGUAAGGCGCAAACUAUAACAUACCUCAUUCAACUGAAUGCAGAUGUUGAUACAGAAGAUUUCACAGGGAACAGCUGCUUAGACUUACUGUACAAACAGAAUGCAAAAGACAUUGAAUUCAUUGUAUCGAAGUUAGAGACGGAUUGUGUGGACAAUCGUGUACAAUUCUGUCUAUGUUACAUGUCCAUGAGAAACAAGAAUUUCUCACACGUCCUUCAGCUUGCGCAAUCAAUAUCCGUUUCGUCAGAAGUGCAGAUAGGAAAUACAUUACUUCACCUGUCUGCUGAAUUCAAACUUUUAGAUGUGACCAAAAUUUUGGUGUCAAAAGGAUUUGACAAAUCUCAGAGGGAUCUUACCGAAUUUUUACCUUUCCAUAUUGCCUGUAAGUUUGGGACCAUUGAUCAAAUCCAGAUACUAAUGUAUCCUGAAAUGGACGACUCUGAUGUUAACAAAGGGCUGCAACUCUGUAUCCGGCAUGGCCAUAUCAAAGGCUGCCACGAGAUCAACGUUUUCCGUCAAGAUAUUGUUUUAGAAGAAACAACUGUAUGCAUGGUGAUGAGAACAGUUCAGACAACUUUCAGGAAGUUCAAACAUAAAUAUAUAGACGAAGAACCAUUGAAACAUUUUGAAAAUAUGGCCAGUAUGUUACUUCCAACUAUUAAAUCAAUACCAGACGUGUUGAAUACGUACGUGUAUGAUGCAGCUCUUUAUGGUGCUUCUGAGACGCUUAUUCUUUUAAAAUCACUUGGUGCUAGUUUUAACACUUGUGAUUUUUCUGGUAGAUCUCCUUUACACGAAGCAGCACAGUCUAACAAACUUCGAUGCGUUCAAGUUCUUUUGAAAGGCGGUGCUAAUCCGAAUACGGUUGAUUGGAGAGGAUCGACUCCACUUCAUUACGCAUGCGGAGCAGGAAAUGCAAAUAUUGUGAAAUGUCUGAUGGAGAACAAACAUGUAAAAGUUAACAUUAAAGACGUAAAUGGUAGAACACCGUUACUGGUGGCUGCAUACUACUGUAAGAAUGAUAUUGUAUGUUACCUGUUGAGAAAUUGUGAACAAGUUGUAGAUCUGACAGUACAAGAUGAAGAUGGAUAUGGCUUGCUGCAUUUUAGCAUUCAUCUGAAAGAGAGCACAUUUGAUCUUGUCGUUGAAAAAAUGUCUACCAAACCAAAACCAAUGGUUGCUGAUGAAAGUGUUCGAACCAAACACCAAAUUCCCGAUCAUUCGUGGAUUGGAGAAGUCAUCUUUACAGACUUCAGGGCACACUUACAUGAUAUGGAUGAAAGUACGUUUAACAUUCGUUUUAAAAACAAGCCAAAACGUGCAAAAAGAGUUUCCUUGAAACAAGGGUCAUCGCAUAACGACAUUGAUGUCAAUAGUCAGUUCACUCUUCAAAGAAGCACUGUAUCUACAUUAUGGACAUCAAGAGAAAAAGAACAAAACCAUGUCAAGAAAAAGCAGAGAAAAUCACCUAAGCUUAGUUAUCAAUUGUGUAGUGGAUGCAAACGGCUUAUCAAAUCUCUAGCAUUACACAGAUGCGUUGUUCCCUCAGAUGGGAGAGGAAAGAAGAUCAAACUAAAGGCAUUCGGGUAUCUGCAACGAGAUACCAAAGAGAAGACAACUGUUCCGCCAUUCUUUUUAGCAGUUAAGUGUGGCAAUUAUUCAGUCAUGCGGAAGUUACGCAAGUUAGAUCAAACAGUUUCAACCUAUCAUGAUAACUUUGGACGUAAUUGCCUUUUUUUAGCAUUAGACUUUAAAUCAUUGAGAUUGGUCAAAAAUGUUCUUGAACUUAUACCAGACAUUGAGAAGUCGGGAGCCGUACAUCGAGUUGUAUCACAAGCGUCAUAUUCAAAGCAAGACAGUACGCCGUUUCAAUUACUGACGUACCUGAUUUCUAUUGGAUGCACACUGAACGGAACAAAUGAUACGUCUUUGGAUGAGGUGGUGGUUGGUCUGUCAAUAACCAACAAGAAUACAGAUAUUGCAAAGAUUCUAAUUGAGAAAGGUCAAACAAUCAGUGACAAAACUAUGGCAAUGGCUGCUACUUCUGGAUCAGUCGAUAUUGUGAAAACAGCAUUAAAAAAAUGGAAGAAAAGCGACGCGAAACAAUUGACUGAAAUUGAUAUUCUCAGUAUUGCUAUUAGUUCACGUGACAUUUCAAUUGAUGUCAUGACAUAUCUUUUGUCACGCUACUACAAACACAAAGAACACGGAUCGACAGAAAAACAUGAAAAAACGAACAAAUAUUUACAAGACCUAUGUAAAUCAUUGAAAAUUCCACUUGUACGAAAACAAUCCUUGCUAGGGAAAUUACUGAACAAAAACCAUCCUGCUCUAAAAAGAAAGCCCAGAACACAAAUUGAUAUUUUCAGCAAGAUUGGAAUCCUUCUAAUUAAUCACGAUCCAAACCUAGACAUGAACUAUACUGGGGAUGUUCAUAUAGUAUGUGAAUGUUUGAGAGACUGUAUUGAAAUGAAUUGCUUUGACGUGGCAGAAUUAUUAAUUCAGAAGUCGACUGAUAUCAUAUGGAAAUGUGAGCUCUCUGAUAAACGCUGUUCCUUCCAGAGACAUUUUCACAAGAAAAUAUACAAUAGUUCGUCCAAGAAACUUGUGAAUAUUUCUUAUUUGCAAAAUAUUAUUUUAGCUGCAGCAAGUAAGGAUACCCCUGAAACUGUCCUAAAUGCAGUUUUGAAAUAUGGAGCCAAGUUCUUCAGAUCAGACGAUGGAGCAGACGUAGGAAUUGAUUUGGAUAGUUUACCAGCUGAAAGUAGAAAAGAUGCUGAGAAAAUUGAAGACAAUAUGGUAAAACUAGUUUUAACAGUUCUGGAAUUGAUUACGGGAGAAAAAUUAAGACAUUUCAAUGCUGUAAAGAUUUGGAAGCAAGUUCCAGGAGUUUUACCACACAUUUAUCUUUUGAGCAAAGAUAUCGAUAUUUCUCCCUUUGUAAGAAGUAAAGAGGACUGUUUCCUUAGGUAUUGUUAUAAAUUGUACAAGAAGAAAUCGCUUCGACCUGGAACAUCAGUUUUGCAUAUAUCUGCAGGUUUGCAAGACAGUUCAGUUCUAAAAAUGGUGACAAAGGCGACGGUUACGAUAGAUACAAACGUAGAGAACGAAGACGGAGUGUCACCUAUAGAUAUAGCAGUAACUGCAGGAUAUUGGCAGAACUACAAAAUUCUCAUGGAUAACAAUGGACUAGUUAAAACGGAGACUCUUGAUAAAUGUUGUAUCAUAGAUGCAUACCAUGCUCAACAAAUCCUAAAAAUGGUAGAUGCAAGUUAUUGGGAUGAGAAAUGGUGUGGACGGUACUGGGAAUAUGUUGAAGAUAUGCAUUGUAUGGAAUGGGAUAACAAUGAAUCCAGUCAUUUUCAUAUAAUUAGACGGUUCUCGCAUUGCCUGAAAGGUCAUCCUGAUUAUAUUGAUGAGUCGUUUGAAGGAAAGUCCAGGAUAAAAAGGGCACAAGACAUUUGGAACAGUUCUAACUACCAGUACAAAAGUUUCUGGCAUUUUUCAAAAUCAAAUCCUUGUUAUGCAGACAAUCGUCCUGGCAAAUCCAGACUGAAAAUUGUACAAGAUGUAUGGUCGAGGUUAGAAAAUGGACAGGAUGGAAAACUAUUAAAGGAUGAAGCUCGUUUAGCUUGUGCUUGUGCUGUAUAUCGUCUCUGGGAAAUCCUAGAGUAUUUUAUGGAGAAAGCUCCACAUCUAAUCAUCAACGCAAUUAAUGAAGAAAGGGGAUUAAUGCUUGCGAAACACGAGUUUCUGUAUCUUGUAUGCACACACUCCCCAACCAGCGUGAUUCUUAAACAUUUGGCCUUCAUUGAAAAACACAUCAAAUCUAUCAAGCAAAAUGGUCUUAGUGGUUUGAUUAUGUACGUAAUUGCUAGAAAUGAGAAAGAUGUAUGCCAUCACCUAUUUACCAAAACCCUCGUGUCUAUUGGUAUCGAAUCAUAUGAUGACGUCCUACAGUAUCGAGACAUUGAACAGAAGACAGCUCUACACCAUGGUGCCAAAAAUGGAAAUCUGUUAUCACUUCAAUUUUUGACAUCACAAAUAACGACUUUAUGGGUCGGUGAAGUAGAUUUGCUAAAUUCCAUGGACACAUUUCAAGCAUCACCGCUAUGGUAUGCAUUAAGCAAUCGCCAUUGGAAAUGUGCACAAUUUUUACUGAUUAAAGGUUGUAUAACAAAAUGCAGUAGAACAGUACCGGAUUUUGAAACUAAGAGGACGUUUAAAGCUAGUGUAGAAAAGUUAUCAGAAAAUAUAAUUUCGAAUUUCUCAUCUGGGAAUAUGAAUAUUUCAUUUAGUAAGCGUGUUUAUCAGACGAAAGUAAACAGAUCUGUAAAAAUGGCCUACAGAUUAGGACAAAAGCGUGGUAAUAUAUUCGAAGUUAAGAACCCAACAAAAGAAAAACGAAAUUCACAGAAACAAAAGCGACGCAAGAACACAUUAUCGCCUCUUAAAAUAGAAAGAUCGAAUGACUACAAGAGAACAAUGGUAUUGAUAAAACUUUCAAAAGCAGCAGAGGUCAACGGUGCUGGUAUAAUUCAUGUAGCAUAUGCUUUAGGGGACCAAACGUUAAUUUCCCAUAUAAAUGCACAGGAAAGUACAGCUUUCAAACAAGAGGAUAGAUGGGGCCGUUUACCCAUUAUUUACGCUAUUAAGCACGAAAACUUUGAUAUAGUAAGGCCAAACGAAAUAAAUCAGGAAUCGUCAAUUGUAAAGGCAUUGAUAUGGAAGUUCAUGUCGACAAAUCAAAAUCAAAGCAAAUUAGUCUAUUUUCUGACUCAGUUAUUGUCCUUCGUAUGUCGGAGAUAUGCGUCAAGACUAGAAACACCAUACUUUUCAGAAGAUGAAACUGGAGCAUUUACCUAUCAACUAAAAGAAACGAUCGAAAGAAGUAAUUCAAAUUCUUUAAAAGUACCAAAAACAAUCAUGCCAUUUGAAACUAGUUGUCUUAACUCUGAGCAGAAAUUUACAGGUCUAUUAGCUAACAUGGAACACAUGUUGAAACUGUUUUUUGACGCCGAAGCUAUUGAAACCUUUCUAGGCUUAUUCAAUUUUCAUCGUCGUGGCCAGUAUAGACACAUUUACAAUUCUUAUUCCUGUGUUGUUUUUCCAGUUGAGGCAACAGAGGGACAAAACCAGCUAACGUUGGCGAACAUGAUAAAAGAUCAAAUUUCUGCAGCAGGGGUGACAAACAUUCCAAAGGAAUUGCUGACUGUGCUUUUGAUAUCUGGAGAGUCAUGGGUGUAUGAAUUGUUAAUUGAUUCAUUAACAAAUGAAAGUGAAAAUAAGCUGAAAGAUCCAUAUUUGCUUGAUUUAACAAUAAUAGAUAUAGUACCACUAUCAAUCCAGUCUGAAAAUGAAUACGACAAGAUAGUACUUUUACCAGAAGUUAUAAAACAGAUUGAAAGAGUUCUAAAACUAGAAUCUUCCUUGACAUUGCAUUCAGACGUAGUUGGCAUUGCCAAAGAAAAAAAGUUAUGGUCUUAUCUUGAAGUUGUAGGACACCAUACACUCAUUGGCUCGGGAGUCCUAAGUUCUGUUUGGCAAACGGUGAUGGCAAAGGCCGCAGAAAGUGGACAAAUACAAUUUAUGAAGAGUAUUCUUAGUAGUUUGGAAGUAUCAAAAAUGACAGACGAACAAAAGUCGUGCUUUACCGCAUUUAUUUGUCUAGCAAGUUUAACUGGACAAGUGGAAACAGUUAAAUAUUUGAUCAGAAAUAGAAUUCCUCUUAUCAGUCAUUUAGAUGAAUCACCUAUUAAAGAUUUAUUGGGGAAAUCACACGUUCCAUCUUGGGGUGUGUUGGAAUAUGCAGUAAAAGGAAAUUCGACGGAUACGAUUGAUUUCCUACUGAAGUGUUUUAGGGAAGAUAGAACGAUUAAGAACAGUGUAAAGGGCAGAGACCUGUUAAAAUUAGCAAUACAAAACGGAAAUAAGGACGUUUUUCAACAUCUAUGUAUUUACGUUCACAAGGAAUUGGGGCAGACUGUGACAAGACAAGAGAUAGAAGAAGCCUACAAGAUAUCUUUAAUGCGUGGAAGAGAGGAAUUUUGCCUACAAUUACUAGAACACAAUAAAACCAGCUUAGUGGUAAAUACAGGCAAUAAUAAGAUGAGUUCUCUGCAUUUUGCUGCAAUCCAUGGAAUGUAUUCUUUAGUCGAAAAGAUAAUCCAGACCAGACCUGAGGUUGUAAAUCAAAUUGAUGGAAAAGGAUAUUCAGCAGCUGAUUAUGCUGUUUUCUGUGGAAGGACUAGAAUAGCGAAUUUAUUGACAGAAAACAAAAGAAGCAUUUCUAACUCUGUAGUCGACAGAUUAGAGUGUUAUGGAUGGUUUAGAGACCAUAUGAUAUUUAACGAAACUUUAGAAAAAUCGGAUAAAAGUGAACUUGUCCAAUCGAUCCGAGGGCGAACGCAAUUGACCAUAAAGUCUGCUUUAGAGUGCGGCAAUGAUACUUUAGCUGCGUCGGCUAUACAUAGUUCUCAAUAUCUGAUAAAGGCAAACUUGGAAUCAAAUUUUCCUGACAUUGUUAUUCUAAUACAUUUAGCAGCACAGAAAAGUUGUAUAAAAUCAUUAGGAUAUCUAUGCGGAAUUUUUCAAGAGGAUGAAAACUUACAGACAAAAGUGUCAACUCAUGAGCUAAAAGGUAACACCGCACUUGCAUAUGCCAUAAUAAAUUCUAAUUUUGAAUGUGUGAAAGUAUUAAUAAAAAUAGGAGGAACUAAAUGGCAAAGUCUAUCAACCGGCGAAAACAUUCUACAUCUUGCCGUGAGAACGGACCAACUUAGUAUUGUGCAGUUAGUAGAUGACAUAACUAAAGGUUCAUGUAGAAUGAAGAAGAAUCACCAAGGUGUGACACCUUUACUCUAUGCUGUUGCACUUGGACAACAUCAUAUUAUGGCGUACUUAUCUACUGGAAUGUCACUACAAUCGCAAGGGCAUAGUAAUCAUACAAAUUCCGAGAACAGAGACUUCACAUGCUUAGAGUGCAAUCUUGACAUGUGUAUAGGAUGGUCUAAAAUUUACCUUAAUUCUGAAAAGUACCAAAUUAAAGAACGAAAUACAAGACCAAUAAACACACAUCACACAAGCGCAACAUUUUUCGUUAUAGAUAAACGAUUUAGACUUGAUUCAUAUAGGAGACAUUCGAAAUCAUUUAACAGGAAACCUAGAAAAGAACUCCUUCUUACAUUUAUGGUGGGCAACAUAACACGAGAGAGUUCUUUAUGGAAGUCUAUCCUUAUCUCUAUGGGAUAUAAAGACGACAACGCCAGUUUACAGGAAGCUCUGUUGCAGCUUCCGUCGUCGUCAGGGGAGACUGUACAUCACAGAAUAAAAAGAUUUAUGGGAAGACCAGAAUACACGGAUACUCUUGUACGUCUUUCUCAAAUGGAUAACGAUAUUAGUGAUUUGGUACUGUCAGCUGCGGUUUGUGGUAACACGCAAUUUCUAAAACAACAUAUGGAGGAGAUCAAUACGAGAAAUAAGAGUGAUCAGUCAUCAUUGAACGAAAUAGCUUUUGCUUUUGGGAAUAUGCAGACCGCUUUAUAUUUGCACCGUAAUCUAGAAAACAACCAAACCAUGUAUUCCAUAUUCCAUGAAAUGGCAGAAACUCUUCCUCUCCGAGUUAAAUGGGUAACUGGCAUAGAAAAGCCAGGGGAUGAGACGUGGGAAAAAUCGAUAAGCACAGAUCCGAUAAACAACCAUCUGUCUAUUGCUGACUUGUGGGUUAUUGCAAACUUCCCAGACGAUGUAGCAGAGAUUAUCUGUAGCAAUAUCGAUGAUAAUUUGUUGAUCCCUCAAACCAUAUGCGGCAAGAAUUAUACUGUUGAUGUUGACAGCUUUAGAAAAAACACACUUAGCAGUCAUUUACACAAUGUUACAAUGAAAGCAUAUGUUGCAUCAAGUCAUAUUUACGGACGACAGUUACAAAUCUUAACACGAAACGGAUACGAGAAGCUGAAAGCGGUCCAAAAUGUAAAGGUGGCAUGUGAACCAGUAGGACCAGGUAGCCUCCCCAAAGUACACAUUGAUUCUUCUGGGAACUUUAUAGAAACUGUUGUGUUCACACAGACAAAAACUGGGACUGCACUUAUGGUUGACAACUCUAUUACACAGCGGUCUGAGGAAGUAAUUAAUAGAAAUCGUGUGAUGACAGAUAUCCUACCAACAGUUUCUACGCUGGUUUUGGAUGUUUUUGAAAGAGAUGUUUCAUUACGCAUAGAUUGGAAUUCCCUUGAGUCACGCAGGCGUACCGGAAAUUAUGACAUACUUCUGAACCUGUUGUCCGGUGAAUCUAGCGGGAACUUGCUUGGAGGUCUACAUGAUGUUUUACUACACUGCAAAACUUUACGCAGAGAAUUGUUAAACAUGUUUGAUCAAGCAACAGUUGAUUUUUCUCUUCAAUCGUUGUCUCACAUUCGUGAAGUUGUCGUUGUGUAUGUCGAUAAUUUGCAAAGACCAGAAAUAACCAGAAAAGCCAAAACAACUUCCUUAUCUGAUAUUCUCACAUGGGAAUUCACAUACGAACGAGGUACUCUGAAAUACAAUAGGGAAAACUUUCCACUUCUGAUAGCUUUACUACGUUACCACAAUUUAGCUGAUGCCAUUUAUAAUUCCGUGUAUAGAGUUGCCAACUUGAACACAAACGUAGACAACCGUGGCAUGUUUAAAAAAUAUGAAGAAAAGUUAACACUCGAGAUAGAUCUCAAAUCUUUUGGAUUAAAAGAUGGCACAAUGGUAAAUGAAAAGCUAUGCCAGGGAGUAAGCAGAGAGGUCAACGUUGUCGCACAUGAAUGUGAGGCAAUUAUGAGGCUGGUAUGGAAAGCGAAAAAGAUUUUACUUAGAAAUAGUCCAUCAGUUCAAGGCGCAGGGUUAUUCUUACAAGAGGACACUAUAACUAUCAGUGUGUGUACCUAUCUAAAUUCACAGAAAGCUCUAACCAUAGAACGCGGACAAAUCCGACAGAAACUAGAAGACAUAGAGGAUCAACAAGCAUUUGCUGAAUGGAAGUCGGACCAAUUCAAUGCUAUCAAACUAAAAGUAGAAGAAGGUUCUAGUAUGUUAAGAGAGACGCUUGGUAUAGAUGUUCAUGUAAGUUUUGACGAUAAACGCAUUGCUGCUUAUGGUUUUCAAAGAUACAGACGAGAGUUGGAACACCCAUACGUGGUUACCACUGCUAUGAUGGCAAAAUGUGUGCAAAAUAUAUUUCUUGCAGUUCAAUAUAUGAUUGAUGAAGUAUUCCAUGGCAGUUUUGGUGAAUAUCUUAUCUCUUUGAUCAAUGACAACAGCAUUCCCAAUGGAUUAUGGGUUAAAGAAUUUCAUGAUUCAGGAAAUCAAAUAAGUUCAAAUAAUAGUUCCAUGGUGAAUAAAGUCGUCAAAUUAGAGUCGAAAGAACAUUCAAGAUGUUGGUGGUGGCGGGAAAGGUUAUUAAACAUAGACGUCUUUACUGAUAAAUCAUUAGUCCCACUGUAUACGUGUGAAGUUGAAGAAAAAGACAAGGAAAAUAUUUAUUGGAAGCAUAACAGUUUCGAAUCCUCAACAUUAGUCCCAAGAAAGCAGCCACCAAGUGAAUUAGUAUCGCUAAACAAUCGUGUAUUUAGAAUUGUCGAUGAGUCAUUAUUUCAGGAAGUGCUUUCACAGUUACCAACCAAAGUUAACGUAAACGCUGAUACUUUAAUAACUGGUGAAACGAUCGAUAAGUCAGUUUUAAGAGAUAAACUGUCCCCAGAUUUCAAUAAUGUGCUCACAAACUUUAAGCCGAAAAUAAAUACCCCAAUGAUUGUAGAUGAAGUAAAUAGAGACGUUCAAAGUAUCUUCAAGGUUUUAGGUUUUGUGCCAUCAGAUAUUGAAAUCGAUUUUGAAUCUUUCAACGCUUAUAUCAAAUCUUCCGAUGAUUCUAAGGAGGCUAGAGAACAUAUGCAUAGAACCAUUUGCAUUGUAUCCUCUCGAAUGAAAUCUGCAUUUUUCAAUCUCUUCCUUAAUUAUGGUCUAAUGCAACCAAGAAAACAAACAUUUAACGGUCACACGUACUAUCAUUUUCUAGAUCAAUCACCAAUACCAAUUCCACCUUGUUCCCACCUAAAACUGAUCCAAGAACUAGUUAUUGACAUGCUAAAAAGUAUUGUAUCAUUCAAGUUAAAAUAUACAGGUGAAACAAGAAUUAUAUCAAAAAAGAAAUCAGAUAGGUUGAAGAACCCUGUCCUGAUUGGUAAAGAAACACAAAUAGAAAUAUUGGUCUACAACUCUCCUAUUGAUACAAAUUUGGAAGUGCAUAUCAGAGAAGCCUUACUAUCGCUAGUGAUCGACAAAUUAGAAAACGCUAUUAUCUCGAGAUUUGCCAAUGAGAUGAGAAUAAACAAGAAAUUAAUAACAGUUAAAAACAAAUACUCUGACAGUCUGGAAUUUGAAGAGGCUGUUUUAUGGCAAAAUCAUCUGUAUGGUAAACAAAAGGGGAUCACCCUAUCGAUGUUCCAUUCUAUUAAGGUAGAUGGUACAACAGCAGUUUUCAAAAUGAAAGGGAUUUCAUCACUUGAAUUUUCAGUAUCAAUUAGUGAAAAACAGUCGGUUGAUUCGAAAGUGUUCAGAAAUGUAUGUAAAUCCCACCCUCCUGUUGACUUAAUGACUAUUUUCGAAUCAGACUUACAAUUUUUGAUGUUCGAACAAACCUCUGUAAGAUUAUAUAUAAAGAGUCCACUUAACAGCAAAGUAGAAUAUAAUGAUCCAGCACUAUACAGAAUCAACUUAAUUACAAAAUCAGCAACACAAUUCAGUUUGAAACCAUUCUAUUGUGAUUGGUUUGGGCAGAAUAAUAUCGUUUUGAAAUUUACAAUUCCAGACACCGUUGAUAAACAAUCCGAUAUGUCAUUCAUAGUCAACGAUAAAUUAAUCAGCAACUUUACCAAUAUAACAAUUAACACAAAACCCCAAUCAAAUGCUACGAUUUCAAUGUCAACAAGUGUACAAGUUAAGAAAGAUGGUUGGUUUAAUAUUUCAGUCGAGCAUGAGAAACACCGUUUUGUGGAAGUAAGCGAGCUUCUACCGCAAUAUCGUAUAAUAAGAAACAACAAAAUGAUUGAACCAAUAGCGGGAGGCGCUAUUACUCAGUUCGUUGCAUCUUAUACUCCAGCACAUAUAUUUUCCCAGAACAAUAAUUACAUCCACAGUCCUAUUAGAAUAAUCGGGAUUUCACAGGAGAAAUACCGAGUACAUGUAGACGACCAUCAAAGAGAAAUACGUAUAACAGCAGUGUGUAAGCAGUGUAAACAAAGGUUAAACAUUUGUACAGAAUUCAAAAAUAUAACACCAAAUUUUGAACUCGUAGUCAACCGCCCCGACGACGAACCAGAAGAUGUACAUGAGGAAGCAAUAAAUACAAUUACAUAA